AGCUGCCAUCUUGCGUCCCCGCGUGUGUGCGCCUAAUCUCAGCUGGUGCACCCGAGACCCCCUGAGCGCCUACCCUAGUCCCCCGUGCGGUCCCAUUUCCGCUCCAACAAGAUGAAAGAAACUAUCAUGAACCAGGAGAAACUCGCCAAACUGCAAGCACAAGUGCGCAUUGGUGGGAAAGGAACUGCUCGCCGAAAGAAGAAGGUGGUUCAUAGAACAGCUACAGCAGAUGAUAAAAAACUUCAGUUCUCCUUAAAGAAGUUAGGAGUAAACAAUAUCUCUGGUAUUGAAGAAGUGAAUAUGUUCACAAACCAAGGAACAGUGAUCCACUUUAACAACCCUAAAGUUCAGGCAUCCCUGGCUGCGAACACUUUCACCAUUACAGGCCAUGCUGAGACAAAGCAGCUGACAGAAAUGUUACCCAGUAUCUUAAACCAACUUGGUGCAGACAGUCUGACUAGUUUAAGAAGGCUGGCUGAAGCUCUGCCCAAACAAUCUGUGGAUGGAAAGGCACCACUUGCUACUGGAGAGGAUGAUGAUGAUGAAGUUCCAGAUCUUGUGGAGAAUUUUGAUGAAGCUUCCAAGAAUGAAGUAAACUGAAUUGAGCCAACUUCUGAAGAAGAUAAAACUUGAAGAAGUUACUGGGAGCUGCUAUUUUAUAUUAUGACUGCUUUUUAAAAAUUUUGUUCAUGGAUCUGAUAAAAUCUAGAUCUCUAAUAUUUUUAAAUUUUUUUUUUCAACGUUUUUUAUUUAUUUUUGGGACAGAGAGAGACAGAGCAUGAAUGGGGGAGGGGCAGAGAGAGAGGGAGACACAGAAUCGGAAACAGGCUCCAGGCUCGGAGCCAUCAGCCCAGAGCCUGACGCGGGGCUCGAACUCACAGACCGCGAGAUCGUGACCUGGCUGAAGUCGGACGCUUAACCGACUGCGCCACCCAGGCGCCCCAAGAUCUCUAAUAUUUUUAAGCCCAAGCCCCUUGGACACUGCAGCUCUUUUCAGUUUUUGCUUAUACACAAUUCAUUCUUUGCAGCUAAUUAAGCUGAAGAAGCCUGGGAAUAAAGUUUGAAACAAGAUUAAUAAAGUU